AUGGUGAUUAUAUUCAUGUUCAUUAGAUAUGAUAUAUUUGAUGGUAAUAUCAGAUUUCAGUCGAGAAGCCGACAACUCUCUUUUUAUGUUGCAUACCGUUCUGGAAUUAUGGCUGUUGCCCACCUUCCUCUAAUUGUGGCAUUUGCUGGAAGAAAUAAUAUUUUGGGCUGGUUAACUGGUUGGUCUUAUGACACAUUUAAUUUAUAUCACCGUUGGCUGGCACGAGUCAUGUUUACAUUGGGGUUUAUUCAUUCAAUUGGAUUUACUGUUUUUUACCAUAUUGGCCAUAAGUACCGGCACGAAUUUCAGCUUGGUUUUUUUCGAUGGGGUGCAGUUGCUAUCACAAGUGGAGGUAUCAUUUUAUUUUUUUCUCUUAGACAUUUUCGUGAACAGAUUUAUGACGUGUUUUUAGUGAUACACUGGAUCUUUGUAUCAAUUUUUUUUGCAGGAGUGUGGUGGCAUCUUGAUGAUUUAGAUAAUAGGGAGUGGAUUUAUGCUUCAGUUGCUCUUUGGGCUUUUGACAGGUUCAUGAGAUUGGUACGCAUAGUGUUUUCUUCCAUCAAGUCAGUUGCUGAUCUUCAGUUACAUGAGCCAUCCCAGUUGAUUAAACUAAAGGUCAAAUAUUCUAAUCUUUGGGAACCUAAACCUGGUGCUUACGUUUUCAUUCAUUUCAUUGAGCCUAUUUGGUCAAUCACUCAUAACCAUCCUUUUAGUUGUUAUCCAUCGCCUGAAAUAGGUGAAGAUGAUGUACUCGUUUUGUGUAUAAGAGUAAGAAAUGGGAAAACUAAACAGCUGGCAAAGCAUUUAAAUCAGCAAUUGCAAGCUCAUCAAAAGAUGCGAAUUAUGAUCGAUGGUCCUUACGGUCACAGUUUUCCUCUUACUAAUAGUCAUACAAUUGUUUUGUUGGCUGGCGGAAUUGGAAUAACUGCUGUCUAUUCUUACGCCUGUCGAUUAUUAGAUCAAGGACAAAAAAAACGUAUCAUUAUGGUAUGGGCUGUUAAGGACAUCGAGAUGUUGAAUGUUUUUGACAAUGAGAUAAAAUUUCUGAGACAGAGAAACUCUAUCGAUAUCACUAUUUAUGUCACUAAUGGAAACAUAUUAAUGAAAUCCUCUCCUGAAACAACACAAACUUAUGAAAAAACAAAGUUAGAUACUCCAGAUUCUCCAGUAGAUUAUUUGAUGGAAUCACCUCGACCAGAAUAUUCAAGUACGGAUCAACAGGAAAUAACCACAAUAAAUUAUUCACCAUGUGAUAUGCUUACCGCAAAGUAUGGAGAACAAACCAUCAUGAUUUGCAAGCCGAAUAUUAAAGAUAUUACUGAAACAUUGAUAGCUGAGUCACAGGAGAGUAUUGCCUUUUUGGCUUGUGGCCCACCUAGAUUUAAUGAUGAUGUACGAAAAAAUGUUACGGAUCAAAUGGGGAAUUGUAAAGGUCGAGUUGAUCUCUUUUUGGAGUCUUAUAAUUGGUAA